UCUCCUCUCUUCUCCACAGCUGAUGUGACUCUGGACCCUGAUACAGCACACCCCAGUCUCAUCCUGUCUGAGGACAGGAAACAAGUGAGAUAUGGAGGCACACGACAGACUCUCCCUGACAAUCCAAAGAGAUUUGAUUAUGUUGUCAUUGUCCUGGGCAGGCAGGGCUUCACUUCAGGGAGACAUUACUGGCAGGUGGAGGUGGGGGAGAAGACUGGGUGGACUUUAGGAGUGGCCAGAGAGUCCAUCAACAGGAAGGGGGGUAUUACAAUGACUCCUAAGAAUGGUUACUGGACUGUGUGGCUGAGGGAUGGAGAGUACAAGGCUCUUGCUGGUCCCUCUAUCACCCUCCCCCUCAGCGUGAAGCCCCGGAAGGUGGGGGUGUAUCUGGAUUAUGAGGAAGGGCAGGUCUCCUUUUACAAUGUGGAGACCAGAUCUCACAUCUACACUUUCACUGACACCUUCACUGAGAAGCUCUAUCCAUACUUCAACCCUUAUCUUAAUACAGAUGGUAAAAACGCAGCCCCACUGAUCAUCCUCCCUGUCAGUGAUAGAGAUUGAAUAAAGUGGUGUAUCUGUAUGACAGCCUACACCAGCACUGAUUAUCCUGCUCAUUGCAUUAUUACUUGCCCAUCUAUUUCUUUGUCUACCUGUAAUUGUUUUACUGAUUGGCUUGACAAAACUAUGGGAGCGCCCGUCACAUUUAACACACCCCUGUGACUGCAGCACAUGGGCUGUCCCUCACAUGCCUGAUUCAUUUAACACACCCCUGUGACUGGAGCACAUGGGCUGACCUUCACAUGGCUGUCACAUUUAACACACCCCUGUGACUUGUCACUGUGCUCAGCCUCAUUACUGUGCUCAGCCUCAUUACUGUGCUCAGCCUCAUCACUGUGCUCAGCCUCAUUACUGUGCUCAGCCUCAUUACUGUGCUCAGCCUCAUCACUGUGCUCAGCCUCAUUACUAUGCUCAGUCUCAUUACUGUGCUCAGCCUCAUCACUAUGCGCAGCCUCAUUACUGUGCUAAGCCUCAUCACUGUGCUCAGCAUCAUCACUGUGCGCAGCCUCAUUACUGUGCUCAGCCUCAUUACUGUGCUCAGCCUCAUUACUGUGCUCAGCCUCAUCACUGUGCUAAGCCUCAUCGCUGCCCCCUUGCUGCAAUGCACAUAUUUCAGUUGUGGUGUUGUUGUUGUUUUACAUUCAUCUUUUUUGUUUGAUUUUUACCUAAUAGUUCAUGCGAUGCAGGUCAGGUCACAUGUCCUAGAUUUCCUAGAUGCAAUGUAACAUAUAGUUCUGUAUGGUUUAGUCUGUGAAUAAUAUCAAGUUUUACAAUCGAUAGGAGGAGACCUGCACUGCACUGUAAAUACUGCUAACAGAAUGAAGAGAUGCAUUGAUUCAUUUAUGCUAACAUGACACUGGAUUGCAGUCACAAUCACAUGUAGAUUUAGAUGCUUAUUUUUAGAUGCUUGAGUUUUUUUUGAAAUGUAUAUUAAAGGGUUGCUGCACACCAGCUGAGAAUGACACCAGUGAGCAAUAACAACAAUAGAGAAUGCUAGAGAUCAAACUAUGAUAUUAAACAGGUACGGAAUUAACCAUGUGGAUGAUGAGUGCCAGGAUCCCUUUACAAUAUGUAUCAAUGUUGCUUAUUUAGAUGUUCAUACAAGUAGGGUUCAGAUCUUUUAACUUUCUAUACCAGAGCCCUUGCUUUUAGAAAUGUGGACUUGGUCAGAUUAAGCUGUUUUGGGUUCACGCGGCUGAACCACAUUAAGCUCCAGGUUUUUGUAAUCUCUGCUCCAUUAAUAAAUAUUUUAAUUUCUAAUGAAA